GGACCUUAUUUGAUCCACGAAGACUCUUUUAACGAUACCAUACAGUCUCCAGAUAAAAUAAUAAUGAAGGAGCAUAAGUAUGAGUCCAAGAAUAAUAAAAGUUACAAAUAUCUUGAAACAGUUGAACAGUUUUCUGAUAUGAGUAAUAGCAAUAAUAAAAAAAGAACAAGAAGUUUCAGUAAUGAAGUAAAUCAGUCUGCUUUAAAAACUACUGGAAACCAAGAAUGUGAAAUUUGGCUUCAUGAACAAUGCAUCACAUGGUCUGCUGGAGUAUAUAUCACAGGUGGAAGAAUUAAUGGCCUACAAGAUGCAGUGCUGGAUGCCAAUAAAUCAUUUUGUAAUUUUUGUGGCUUAUCAGGAGCGAAUAUUGGAUGUAUUAAAAGAGGCUGUAAAUCUAUUGUGCAUUUUUGUUGUGCUCUAACAACUGGAUGGCUUCUUGACACUGAUCAAUAUAUACCCAAGUGCAAUGUUCAUAAGCUUUAAUGAUUUAUCUAAUUUUUUUACAAAAUUUUCAAGUGAUUCAAAAAAACUAUUUUAUAACGAAAUCAUAUCUUUAAAAUGUAGUAUCCGACUGAUAAAAGAAUCGUACUAGAUUUCAGAUGAAAAAAAAAGAAUCUAAAACAAUUAUACUGAUUUUGUUAGGGAAUAUUAAAUACA